AUGGAUGUUAAACUGAAAGGAAAAAAAGAGAACACUGUCAAACAUAAGCCUGCGUGUGAAACUGAGGAGAUAGAUCAAACAACAAAACGAAAGUAUACUGAAACUGAAAAGACAAAUCAAACUACAAAACGAAAGUACACUGAAACUAAACAUAUAAAACAAACUACAAAACAAAAGUACACUGAAUAUGAAGAUGACAACACUAAUGAGGGCAGUGAUAACAAACUAGGAAUUAUAUCCAACAGACAAAGAAGUAAAAAAAAUUUGAACAACAGUCAGAAGAAGGAUAAUUCAGCAAAACGAAGGAGAAAGAAAAGUGCAGAAGAGCCGCAAUACAAUUCUGGGGGAGGUUUGGUGGAAGGCAGUAAGGAAUUAUUUAUUGUUGCAGGUCCCAGCAGAGAUCGUACUCACCAAUGUUCGACCAUUCAAACACACCCGAAAAUUAAGAAUCCACCACCCGCUCCACCCCCUCCACAAAGUGGUACCAGAUACUUUGAUCUAGACGCCAACUGCAUCAAUAACCAAUUCUUAGCAUAGAAAAAAUGAACUUUCUUGGUCUUAAC